GCACUUGUCUCUCAAAUACAUAGUUACAUUGUUCGUUAAUUAGCUAGUCAAUUUUUGUCACAUUAGCAUAGACAUUGCAUCAGUCUAAACACCCCAACACAAUACAUGGUAUCAAUAACAAGAUUAAACUAGCUGAAAUGAGCCACCUACGAUUCCCCAACAUGGCAGCUUCUUGUCAUUGUUGCUAUCUGGCCAUCCAGAAUCACAACAACACACAGACUUUUGCCUCGAUUGAAGCGUGCGCAUCGUUUUCGUUGUCAGCUAACCCAUCUAUGGGAGAGCCGCUCCUUAAGCAGACCGGAACUGUAACAAUUUUUUUCAAUGGUUAACGGCCUGAGUGGGACAUCUUCAUUUAUGCACCAUCUUUGGCUUCACACCCAGUGUUUUGAAUAAGGAAGUGAAACUAUACACAUGGAGGGUGUGUUUUUUCUAUGGAAUAUAUAUUUUAUUGAAUAAAGUCCUCGUCGGAUAAUAAUGGGGGACACAGCAAAGGAUAAACGGCAGGAACAAUUGAAGCGCUGGUCCGGUUCAAGCACCGACAGAGAACCGGCUGUGCCCAGGCGAAGGUGGCGGGGCAAUGUCGAGGAUGCAGGCGGCUCGGAGGCCGUGAACAACGCCGUUUCAAAUGACCAUUCUCGGGAUGUGGAGGGAAGCGGAUUGACCACCGGGGAAGCCCAUAGUAUUCUACCCAAACGAAGGAGGCGAGUGCGGUUUGAUACUGCUGCAGAGUUCCUGGCAGCUUGUGCCAGUGGUGACACAGAUGAGGCCCAGGAGAUGCUGAAAGAGGAAAGAGAGACGGAAGGCAAAAAUGGAGACUAUCAGGGAGAGGUUGUGAAUUGUGCCAAUGCUGACGGAAUCACAGCUCUUCACCAGGCUUGUAUAGAUGGGAGCAUGGAGGUGAUGGUCUUUCUCCUGGCUCAGGGUGCCAACAUAAACCAGGUGGACAGUGAGGGCUGGACUCCGCUGCAUGUGGCAGCCACCUGUGGGAACCUGGAGAUCACUGAUUUCCUUUUACAGCAGGGUGCGUCUCUCACUGCUGUGAACUGCGAUGGCGACGUCCCCCUAGAUAUAGCUGAAGACGAGGCCACUGAGUCGCUCCUGCACCAAUACACAGUGAGACAAGGUGUGGACGUAGAGGCAGCUAAGCGGGUGGAGGAGGAGCAGAUCAUGAAAGAUGCCAGAGCCUGGCUGACAGAGGGGCCUCCCUCAGAACUACGCCACCCCAAAACUGGGGCUACUCCCCUGCAUGUGGCUGCAGCCAAGGGCUACCUGGAAGCCAUCAAACUGCUAUGCCAGUGUGGUCUGGACGUGUCAGAGAUGGACUGUGAUGGCUGGACACCUCUCCACGCAGCGUCACACUGGGGGCAGGGAGAUGCCUGCAGGAUACUGGCUGAACAGCUCUGCGACAUGGAGGCCUGCAGCAAUGGGGGUCAGACUCCGUUUGAUGUCGCUGACGAGAGUGUUGUGUCACUGCUGGAGGAGCUGUCACAGAAACAAGCCAACUGGCGUAAUGAGCAGUCCAUCAUGGACAGACAGAACCCUGCAGGCUCUACUGCUGCAAAAGCUGAUAAGCAAACGACGGAGGUCAGUAUAUGCCUUAUUACUACUGCAUCUGAUAACAAACAACGGAGGACCUCCGUGUGCAGGAUGAGCAGUAGGGAGAAGAUGAACGUGCAGGACCAGUCUAAAGAGAGGAGGUCUGAAGGCCUGGAGCUCAGCGAGGAGAGAGAGAGCAGCCCUGAAGGCUCCACUCUAUCCAGUCCAGACACAGGGAGUGUCACCUCCACCGUCAGCCCUGCUGAAAAGCAGACUCCAGAGGAGAAGGAUGUGGAGGAGCGGGACCAGGACAGAGCCAGUCGUACAGCCCGGGUCCAGCCCACCCCCCAGAGGAAAGACCCCCUGGCUGAUAGUCCCAACAACACCAACCCAGACAGACGGAAGUUCCAGGCCCCUGUAAGAGACGAGGAGUCUGAGUCUCAGAGGAAAGCACGAUCACGCCUCAUGCGCCAGUCUCGCCGCUCCACACAGGGUGUGACGCUCACUGACUUGAAGGAGGCAGAGAAGAGCGUAGCCAAGCCAGCUGAUCCACCGCCUAGCAACAUCCUGCAUGUCAGCCCUAUAGUCACCAUAACACCUGCUGAGAGAGACACUGACCCAGUGAAGGGGGUCGGGUCCGAGGGAGAGCCGCGGCUAGGAGUGAGGGACCGACGGAAGGGAAGGAGAGAGAGACGCUCCACCGGGGUGGUUCAACUAGGGAAUGAACAUUUGGAUGCAAUGGAUGAAGCCCAACAGGAUGAAAACCACCGUCAUAGUUCACCCAGUGAGCCUCAGUUGGGAGAUUCUUCACCAGAGUACAAAAUGCUGUACAGGUCGGUGCUGCAGGAGAACAGCCUGCUCAGAGACAAGCUGCAGGAGACGGCGCUGCUGCUCAGCCAGAGCAAAGUGGAGCUGGAGAGACUCCGACAGUGUCAAGAGAGCAACACAGAGAGGCCGGCCCUGUUGGAACUGGAGAGAUUUGAGAAGAGAGCACUCCAGAGAAAAGCAGUGGAACUGGAGGAUGAGCUGAAGGUGCUGGUGGAUCUCCGAGCAGACAACCAGAGGCUAAAGGACGAGAAUGCCGCUCUCAUCCGUGUCAUCAGCAAACUUUCCAAAUGAGCCUCAUCUCCCAAACCUCUAGAUGGAGAAAAGUGUUCAAAGUUCCUGUCUCUUGCCCAACUCACAAGGCACAUACUGGGAACAAAACCUAGCAUUAAAAAAAACUGCGUUCUGCUCUGAUAGAAGACCAACGAUGCAUUUGUUCAAUGACGUUUUUGGAUUUAUAACUGGAAAGAAUAGUUUUUGCAGGGUUAUUAUUCGCCUUUGGUUUGGCUUCACUCAUUACUCGAUCUACUGUAUAACAAGCUGAACUGCACCACCGAUGGAUUCACAGGGUACUGUACUGUGUUCCUGUUCAAAUUCUUAAAAAGUUAA